AUGGCCCUGGUCGCUCCCAUCACGGUUGGGGGCCGAUACUUCUGGAGAGGCAACGAGCGGUUCCUAGUGAAUGGGGUUCUGUACCAGAAGUACGUCGACCCCGCGGAGCAUGGAGACAUGGGAAUGGAGAUGCCUGCGGACCCCUUAGCCGACGAUUCUCUCGAGGACCUCCGGAAGAGUAUUCCUCUAUUUAAGGAACUCGGGCUUAACACCAUAUUCGUCCCGUACAUCGACUCGUCCAAGAACCAUGACGCCGCCAUGACCAUGCUAGCGGAAGCAGGAAUUUACGUAUUUGCUAAUCUCUCCAGCCCAGACUGUGGCGCCAACCGAGCGGCGCUCUUCAAACCCUACACAGCCGAUCUCCUCGAGAGGUAUCUCCGAGCCGUUGACAGUAUAGCCCACUACCCGAACACGCUUGGCCUCAGCGUUGCCCAUGGGGCCAUCGGCGACUUUAGCUGCGUGAAUGCUGCCCCAGUCAUCCGUGCCAUUGUACGCGACGUCAAGCGGUAUCUCACACUCAGAACGUCCUCAGCGAUGGGCGCUGGAGAGUGGGGCCAGAGGCUUCAAAGAGGAGCCACACCCGUCGGCAUAAGCUGCUCUGACGCCUUGUCUCUGUUGAAAGUGCAGUAUGACUACUUCUGCGCCGGGAGCAGCGACGAAGCUGCUGAUUUCUUUGCAUUCAAUAACUUCUCAUGGGCCGGAAAAUCGAACCUGUGGGAUUCUGGGUAUAAUCGCCUGAUUAAGAUGUUUUCUGGCUCGCCCGUCCCCGUCUUCAUAUCUGGAUACGGAGCGUACCUUGGCCUAAGGCGCCUCUUCCACGAGACCCGCGCAAUUUACUCGCCGCCAAUGGUUGACGUGUUUUCUGGCGGCAUCGUAUACGAAUUCAUCAACCACCACAAUUCCGGCUACGGGCUGGUUAAAAGGGGAUCGCGGUCUGCGCAAAAUAACACAUGCCCCUGGUCGAAGCGCAGGGAAUUUUCCUACCUCAAGAAGAACCUAGCGAUGUUUUUUAUGCAAGCACCGCCUACUGUGCUAGGUAACGAGGUCCCAUCUGGCACGACGACUAACGAUAACUUCUCUGCUAGUACGGGUUUGAGUGCGGGGACUAGCAGGCCAAAGAUGCCAAAGCCGAGUCCAUCAUGGCCUGUCAAGCGACCAGUCCCCCCAUGUCCGAUAGAUUGGAGCAUCAUCAAUGCCCAUGUUGAAUCCGAUAGUGAAUGGGUCGAUGUGAAGGAGGAGAUUCUAAGCAUGGCCGUCGACGAUGUUAUAGAUUCGGUGUGGGAUCAGUUAUACAUCGACGAUUCGAAUCUCAACUAG